AUGCGACCAAAGGUCUUCCUCUCCUCUCCUCUCCUCCUUUGCUCUCCUCUGCUCCUCUGCUCCUCUGCUCUCCUCUCUUCGUUUCCCCUCACCCCACCCCCCCUCUUCGCUCUGACCCAGCUGGAUGCAGAAGAAGUGGAGGUGAUAGUGCUGGACUCUGACGAAGAUGACCAUCCAAGGACGAAGAGGAGCAGGGCUGGGGAAGAGCAUGCUGGACCCUCAAGCAAAGUCCCACGGAAAGAAGGAGCAAGGGCUGCUCCCUCCAUGGAGGAGGAUGAGAAGCUGGCCAGGAUGCUCCAGGAGGAGGAGCUCAGAGGGCUUGCUGCAUCGGGAGCUGCGAGGAACGGCAGGAGGGAGUUCGUAGCAGACGGGAGGGGGUUCUGGCUGUUCCACACCGACGGGAUCGAGGAGCCGGGCAACGAGCAAGCAGUCCGCCUGAGGGACGUGGUGCAAGGAGACGUUCUUUGGGCCAUCUUCACCAACUACAUGGUGCAAGAGCGCUGGCUGCUGUCAGAGAUCGCUCUCCUCUCCUCCAUCCCCAGAGUUGUCUUCAUGUAUCCCUUCCUCUCUUCCCUCGCCUCGCCUCCCUCCUCCUCCUCCAUCGUUCGCUACGCGCCUCCGACGCCCCAGUACGGCGUCCACCACAGCAAAGUGAUGUUGCUGGGGUACAACACGGGGGUGAGGGUGGUGGUGAUGACGGCGAAUCACAUUCAUGGCGAUCACUACGAUAUGACCGAUGCUCUAUGGGCUCAGGACUUCCCGUUGAAGGGAGAGGGGGAGGAAAGGAGUGAGUUUGAAGAUGACCUGGUGUCGUAUUUUCAAGCGACGCAAUGGAAAGGCACCACCUUGCCUUGCGGGUCGAAGCUCGACGCUCAAUACCUUCGUAGAUACAGUUUCAAAAAUGCGCGGGCAAAGAUUGUAGCGUCUGUACCUGGAAGGCACCAGGGCGAGAAGAUGCACAUGUGGGGCCACAUGAAGAUGAGGAGAAUUCUGUCACGAGAAACUUUCGACCCGCUUUUCAACAAGUGUCCUAUGGUUUGGCAAUGCACUUCAAUUGGAUCCCUGAGCGAGAAGUGGAUUGAAGAAUUCACCUCCUCCUUGUGUGAGGGAAAGAACACCGAGGGGAAAAACAUCGGGCGGCCGGAGGAGCCUCCUCACUUUAUUUGGCCAACCAUGGAGGAGGUCAGGACAUCCUCCAAGGGCUACACCAUGGGGGAAAGUAUCCCCGGCUUCUCUAAGAAUGUUCACAAGCCUUUCUUGCUGAAGAUGUUCUGUCGCUGGUCCUCAGGUUCUUCGGACCCUCAGCUCCGCAGGCGAGCCAUGCCGCACAUCAAGACAUGGCUUCGCUUCUCGCCUUCGUCCUCCCCUUCCUCUCCUACUCGGGUUAAGCCUCCCUGA